GUCAUGUUGUUCCCAUUACUGCACACUUUCCCAUAAAUAUAUUAAUGAAGCUUAUCAGUCGUAUAUUGCUCCCAAGUCCAAAAACUUCAACGAGAGAGAGAGAGAGAGAGAGAGCGAGCUAGGGAGCACAUUGUCUGGGCAGAGAGGGGAGAAGAUGAAGGCUGCAUCUUCAGAAGAGAUGACAGGAGAAGAGCAGAGGGUUUCAGGGCCAAGCAAGGGAGGUUUUAGGACCAUGCCCUUCAUCAUAGUGAAUGAGGCAUUUGAGAAGGUUGCGAGCUACGGGUUGAUGCCAAACAUGAUAUUCUACUUGAUGAAGGGGUACCACAUCCAGGCCGCCAACGGGACGAGCAUUCUCUUCCUGUGGUCUGCCCUUUCCAAUGGGUUGGCCAUCGUGGGGGCCUUCUUAUCUGAUUCUUACUUGGGUCGCUUCAUGGUCAUCGCUCUCGGCUCUUUCUCUAGCCUUCUCGGCAUGACACUUCUAUGGUUAACAGCAAUGAUCCCACAGUUAAAGCCUCCUCCUUGUGUCCUUCCUACGGGCAGCUGCGCCUCUGCAUCACCCGCUCAGCUUGCUUUCUUACUCUUCUCGUUUGGGCUAAUGUCUGUAGGAGCUGGGUGCAUCAGACCAUGCUCCAUAGCCUUUGGUGCAGACCAACUGACCAAAAAAGACAAACCCAAUAAUGAAGGCCUCCUGCAGAGCUUCUUCAACUGGUACUAUGCAUCAAUUGGAAUUUCAACGAUCCUUGCACUGACAGUUAUAGUUUAUAUUCAAGAACAUUUGGGAUGGAAACUGGGUUUUGGAGUUCCCGCAAUUCUGAUGGUUUUUUCAACUCUUAUGUUCUUGUUGGGCUCCUCUCUUUAUGUCAAAGUGAAGGCGGACAAGAGCUUGAUUUCUGGUUUCAUUCAAGUUUUUGUGGCUGCCUUCAAGAACAGAAAACUCUCUUUUCCUUCCAAGAAUUCAGAUUUCCACCAUGGCGAAGAGUUAAAACUCACUGCUCCAACAGACAAACUAAGGUUUCUUAACAAGGCUUGCAUCAUUAGAAAUCCGGAAAAGGACUUAAACCCGGAUGGAUCAGCUUCAAAUCCAUGGAAACUCUGCACCAUAGAUCAAGUAGAAACACUCAAGGCUCUAAUUAGAGUUUUACCCAUAUGGUCUACAGGCAUCAUGAUCCUAAUUAGUAUGAACCAACAUUCAUUUUCCACUCUCCAAGCAAGCAUCAUGGAUCGGCACAUCACCUCGAAGUUCCAAAUUCCAGCAGGGUCAUUCUCUGUGUUCACAGUCCUCGCAGUAACUAUAUGGGUUGCCUUCUACGAUCGUGCACUAGUCCCACUACUUGCAAAAUAUGCUGGAAAGCCCCAUGGGCUUAGCGCGAAUGUGCGAAUAGGAAUUGGCUUACUGAUAUCUACUGCAGCCAUGGCUGUUUCUGCAAUCCAGGAGAACAUAAGGAGGAGAGUGGCAAUCGAACAAGGCUUGGCAGAUAAGCCAAGGGCAGUCAUGGACAUGUCUGCUAUGUGGCUAGUUCCACAAUAUUUCAUGUUUGGCUUGGCAGAGGCUUUUAAUGCAGUUGGGCAGAUUGAUUUUUUCUACUCUCAGUUUCCUAAGAGCAUGUCAAGCCUUGCAAUGGCUCUCUUCACACUGGGAAUGGCUGUUGCAAACUUGGUGGGGAGUCUUCUGGUGAAGAUCGUUGAUAAGGCUACAUCAAAGGGAGGAAAAGAAAGUUGGGUAUCGAAUAACCUUAACAAGGGUCACUUGGAUUAUUACUAUUGGUUUAUUACAGCGAUGUGCGUGGUUAAUUUUGGGUAUUUUCUUUUUUGUUGUUGGGCAUUUGCGCCUUGUGAGGACAAGAAGACCCAGGCCACGGUGGGUGAAGGACAGAAUGAAGAAGAUGCGUCUAGCUAUCAAAGAACACUUUCACAUUGAUGUUCUGCUCGUUUCUUUUUUUGUUCUUUUCUUAUUCCUGUUUGAGAAAAAAAAAGAGGGAUCAAUUAUAGUAUGAUUCCAGACAGGUAGGAACGUUCCUCCUUUCACACUGGGUUGUUUAGAAAUUUCAUUGUUAUAUAUAUCGUCAUUACAGCUAUUCCUGUUAUAUACAUUGUGAUAUUUGCUCUUGAA